AUGUCGGAUGCGGAAGCAAUCAUGGAACUUGGUGGCAAGGACUUCGAGGUCGCCCGGUGGAUGACGUCCUUCGCCUGGCCCUACGAAGACGGCUCGGCGGAGGCUUUCCUGAAAACCGUCGUCGGCAAGAACCCUCUGGAAACCGAGGCGGUGUUCGCGAUCACGCUUGGUGGCAUUUUCAUAGGGAUCGCGGCGGUCGAAGCGCCGGGUGAUCUGGCGGAUCUGUCGGAUCAUCCCACCAUCGGGUACUGGAUCGGCCGGGCGUUCCAGGGGCACGGUUAUGCCAGCGAAGCGGUGGAAGCGAUCAUCGACUGGGCGUUUUCCGCAUAUGGAACCGACGCCAUAGCGGCCCGCGCCUUUGAGGACAACUUCCGCUCCAGGGGCCUUCUGCGCAAGCUCGGGUUCAAGCCCUACAGCAUCACCGAACGGUUCUCCAAGGCGCUUGACAGAAGGGUCUCCAACGUUGUCGUGCGCGCGGAAGGAAGCCGCAUGAGCAAGCCGGUCAUCAGGACAAGCCGACUGGUUCUCCGGGCGCCGAACCCGGAGGAUCUUGACCGGUGUGCUGUUCUUCUCGGCGACUAUGAAGUUGCCAAGAUGUUGUCGCGCGUACCGUACCCUUAUGAUCUCGAACUGGGGCGGCAGCAUCUGGCAAGAUCCGUGAAACGUUGGGAAUACAUCGUGGACGCGGAUGAACUCGGCUUUCACAUUGACCAUGAAGGCGAUUUGAUCGGAGGUGUCGGCUUCAAAAAGUUGCAGGAGACACCGGAGAUCGGCUAUUGGCUGGGGCGCCCUUAUUGGGGCAAGGGGUUCAUGAGCGAGGCUCUGGAUGCAGCUAUCGGCUGGAUGUUCGAAAACACCGGACACGAACGGCUGGCCUGUGAAGCCAUGACGGAGAACCAGGCCUCGAUCAAGGCCAAGGUCUACGUCCGUUCCGGCAAUGGUGGCGCCGGCUGUGUAUCGUUCCGGCGCGAGAAAUACAUCGAAUAUGGCGGUCCGGACGGUGGCGACGGCGGCAAGGGCGGUAACGUGAUCGUUGAAUGUGUCGAUGGCCUGAACACGCUGAUCGAUUACCGCUACAAGCAGCACUUCAAGGCCGAAACCGGCAUUCACGGCAUGGGGCGCAAUCGCACCGGAGCCCACGGCAAGGACGUCGUGCUGAAGGUUCCGGUCGGGACGCAGAUACUCGAAGAAGACAACGAGACGCUGAUUGCAGAUCUGACGGAACUCGGGCAACAGGUUCAUCUUCUGAAGGGCGGGAAUGGCGGCUUUGGCAACGCGCAUUUCAAAUCGUCGGUCAACCAGGCACCGCGCCGGGCCAACCCGGGCCUGGAAGGCGAGGAAAAGUGGAUCUGGUUGCGGCUGAAACUGAUCGCCGAUGCCGGGCUGGUCGGCUUGCCGAAUGCUGGCAAGUCGACAUUCCUGUCCAAGGUAUCGGCCGCCAAGCCGAAGAUUGCCGAUUAUCCCUUCACGACGAUCCAUCCCAAUCUCGGGAUCGUUCAGAUCGAUGGCAACAGCUUUGCCAUGGCGGACAUUCCGGGUCUGAUCGAAGGGGCUCACGAGGGAACCGGACUUGGCGACAGGUUUCUUGGUCACGUGGAGCGGACGCGUGUGCUUCUGCACCUGGUGGACGGUUCCGGGUUGGAGGAUCCGGGCGAAUCCUACAAGGUGGUGCGCGGCGAAUUGGAGGCCUAUGGCGGCGGGCUCGCCGAGAAGCCGGAAAUCGUCGCACUUUCGAAGUGUGACGCCCUGACGGAAGACCUGAUCGCCGAAAGGUCGGCAAGCCUGGAGGCAUCCUGUGGUCAGAAACCGUUGAUCCUGUCCUCGGCAAGCGGCCUGAACGUGGACCGGGCAUUGCGCAUGAUCGUGCGCGCGAUCGACAAGGACAAGGAGGAUGCCGCCAAUCAGGGAGAGUUGAAGCGUGACUGGCUGGAGGCUCUUGUUUCCGACAUCGUGCGGCUAACGACCGAAGGCGCCGACAUCCUGAUCGUGUCGUCCGGCUCGAUCGCCCUUGGAAGGGGCACACUUGGUCUGCCGAACGGACCACUGAAACUGGAAGAAAGCCAGGCGGCGGCGGCUGCAGGACAGAUUGCACUGGCGCAGGCCUAUGCCGGGGCGCUCGGCAGGCACGGAAGAAAAGCAGGCCAGAUCCUGCUCACGCUGGGAGAUACGGAGGAACGGAGGCGUUAUCUCAAUGCCCGGGCAACCAUCGGAACCCUUUUGAAGAUGGGCGCCGUACCGAUCAUCAAUGAGAACGAUUCCGUCGCCACGUCCGAGAUCCGCUACGGUGACAAUGACCGCCUGGCCGCCCGUGUCGCGACCAUGGCGAGUGCCGACUGCCUGGUGCUGCUGUCGGAUAUCGACGGGCUCUACACCGCGCCACCUGCGCAAAACCCGGAUGCCGUCUUCCUGCCUGAAGUUUCACGCAUAACUGCGGAAAUUGAAGAGAUGGCCGGAAGCGCCGGAUCAGAACUGUCCCGUGGCGGUAUGAAAACCAAGAUUGAUGCAGGCAGGAUCGCAACAGCCGCCGGAACUUCCAUGGUCAUCACCUCGGGCAAGGAAUUGCAUCCGCUGUCGCGUCUGACAGAAAGCGGGCGGGGAACAUGGUUUCCGGCACUCGCGACCCCGGCAAGCGCGCGCAAGGCGUGGAUCGGCGGUCAUCUGGAAACGCGCGGUGACGUUACACUGGAUGAAGGAGCGGUCAGGGCAAUGAAGUCCGGCAAGAGCUUGCUGCCGGCAGGUGUCAUUUCUGUCUCCGGUACGUUCUCUCGUGGUGAUGCCGUUGUCCUCCUCCGUCCGGACGGAAGAACGAUCGGACGUGGUCUCAUCGCCUAUGACGUCGACGAGGCCAGAUUGAUCGCCGGCCGCAACAGCCGCGAAAUCGAGGCGAUUGUCGGCUAUCCGGGCCGGGCGGAAAUGAUCCACCGGGAUGAUCUGGUGCUUGAGGAUGCGUUUUUGAACGGAACACGUUAA